AUGAACCCGAUAUCUAGAUAUCAUUCACAACCAAAAGUUGAACUCUCGCCAAAACUUCAACAGCGUCAGGAAGCUACUGCACCGCAGUUAUAUCCAGCACAGUCCCCAAACCACUCAGUUACCCCAAUUCUGCCGCCAAUGUUUCAUGGCACUAUUUCAACUCGGAUGCCAAAUUACCCUGGUAUCUCGAACCCUAUACAAUUGAUGCCUACUCUAUCUGCAUUACAGACAGAACCUCGCCAGACAACCAGAUCGCUUCAAUUUUCAAGAUCCAACAGUAGUUUCCAAAGACUACGUAACCAUGUUGCAGAUCUGAAAACUAUGCUUGCGGACUCCAUGCAGAGGGGUAUGAGUGUCGAGGAGCAUUUUUAUAUACGGAACCAACUACUUCAAUUAAUCCCAAUGCUACCUCCUGUACAACUUCCGACAACACAGAUACAGCAGACUCAAACAACUUUAACAGUACCCUUGGAUACCCAAGGACACCAAUACCAACAACAACAGCAACAGCAACCUGUGCAGCCACCUCCCGACGCUCACAUCCAGCUGCCCUCCAUCCACACUCUAAUAUCGUCCAAUGACCAUUCGCCGACCUUCCGGCCUCAUGUUGUCCGGUCCGAUGACGUGACCGCAGUGAGUGCCGUAAGCACCUUAGCAGGCCCUGAACACCACGAAACAACGACCCUCACAAAUUCGAGGCUUUCUAAUGAGGGGCUGGUUUCUUAUUCUUCACACUCUGCUCCACCACCGCCUUUCUCAGCCGCGCUCUCAGCGACGUCUUCUAUGGAUACCGACAAUACUGCAGUUAUCAACACAGGUACAGACGCUAUGAAGUCUGGAGUUGAUAAACUUCCAACCCCUAAUAAGCGGCGCAAAUGUGUACGCAACCAAUGUCCUGUUUGCGCUAAAGUUUGCCAUAGACCUUCUUCUCUGCGUAACCACAUGUACAUUCAUACAGGUAGAAGGCCAUUUCUAUGCGAAUGGCCUGGUUGUGAAAAGAGGUUUAAUGUCAAAAGCAAUAUGGUCCGGCAUUAUCGUCUACACCAGGUACAGGAAAACAAAGAGAAGAGCAAGAGAGAGGGAGAACAAAGUCUGAUCGAGAGAAAUAAUAGAGCAUCAAGGAAGGGGUUGCCGAAGGAUGGAUAA